UCUCGCGCCCCUCCUACUCGGUGUUCAAGUGAAAGCCAACAUUUACAAAUUGUCAGUGGCGAGCCAGACCUGUCAACGAGUUAUGAGCGUGGAGCGUAUAUUCGAUGAGUUUGGACACUUCAAAAGGUUCCAGGCAUGUCUGUACUUUGCUGCUGUCUUCCAGGCCAUAGCCUGUGGAAUCCACUACCUGGCUUCCGUGUUCCUCGUGGAGAGGCCAAACUUUGUCUGUGCUCCGCCAGGUAACAUCACUGACGUCCUGUAUGGGAACCACACUGGUGCUUCCCUGGAGGAGGUGCUACCAUUCUUCAAACCGGCGAACGGGCCCAUGGUCGUCCGAACGGCUGUGGGCCAACAGUGGGAGCUUAGCACCUGCCAGCGCACUCAGCGGAUGAACCCUACAGACUUUACCUACGAGCAGGUCGUCAACAGGACGACGGAAAAGUGUGACGGGAACUACCAUUACGUGUACGACCACAGUGAGGUGUAUCAGAGCAUCGUGACGGACUGGGACCUGGUGUGUGACAGGGAAUGGCUAGCCAAGCUGUGUCAGCCCACGUUUAUGAUGGGGGUGCUGGUCGGAGCACUGGUGUUCGGGGACAUCGCUGAUAGGGUUGGCAGACGGAGGAUCCUAAUGAUCACCAGCCUCUGCCAGUUUGUGUUUGGUGUAAGCGUGGCAUUCAUGGGAAACUACUACCUAUUUAUGGUCAUCCGCUUCCUGCUCGCCAUGGUGUCCAGCGGCUACCUUGUGGUGGUGUUUGUGUACGUGACCGAGUUCACCGGCAACAAGGUACGCACGUGGACCUCCAUGCACGUGCACGCCGCCUUCGCCGCAGGCGUCAUGAUGGUGGCGAUUACGGGCUACCUAGUGCGUACCUGGUGGAUCUACCAGAUCAUCCUCUCCACCUGCACCUCGCCCUUUCUCUUCUUCUGCUGGAAGUUUCCAGAGACACCCUUCUACCUGAUGGCUAAGGGGAGGCUCCAGGAGACCCAGGUCCUGUUGGAUUCCAUAGCCCGCUUCAACGGCCUGGAGCCUGGCCGCCUGAGGGCCGAGGACCUCCUGGAACCCAAGGAGGCUCUGCUGGAGAAGGAGGUGGUACCGGGAAGAGCCCAGCCAGCGGAGCCCGAGAGAAAGCUGAGCAUCCUGGACCUGUUUGGGACAUGGAGGAUGACCUGGAGGACAGUGACAGUGUGGGCAGUGUGGUUCAUUGGCAGCUUGGGCUACUACGUCUUCUCCCUGGGCUCCGUCAACCUGGGUGGCAACCAAUACAUCAACCUCUUCCUGGCUGGUGCAGUGGAGUUCCCUUCCUACCUGAUUGGUUGUUAUGCGAUGGACCGGGUGGGCAGGAAGAGGACAUGUGCCCCAGCUCUGCUGCUGGCUGGAACAGCCUGCAUGCUCAUCAUUGUGGUGCCAAAUGACAUUGAGGUGUUAGUCAUCAUCCUCAGUAUGACAGGGAAGUUUGCCAUUGCCAUAGCCUUUGGUCUCAUCUACCUCUACACCUGUGAGCUCUACCCAACUAUCAUCAGGUCCCUGGCGGUGGGCAGUGGCAGUAUGAUGUGUCGUGUGGGCAGCAUCGUGGCUCCUUUCUGUGUCUACCUAGCUGACAUCUGGCAAUACCUACCACAGCUGAUUGUGGGGAUCCUGGCGUUUAUAAUUGGUGUUCUGACCCUGUUGUUACCAGAGACCCUGGGUGAGCCCUUGACCAGCACCAUGGAGGAGGCUGAGGCUCUAGGCAGGAAGAGUAGCCCUGAUCAGGGAAAGAAAGACCCUGAGGAGGGGGUGGAGAUGAACUAGAUCCAGAGCAACCAGUUGGACGGCAAGCCCUGAGGGAUACACCUCACCACCAACCAGAGAGAAGGAGGUGGCCAGGGAUAGAGAGGGGGUAGGAAGUGGAGGAGAGAGAGAAGGAGAGAGACUACUGGAAGCGAUGCCAAGAAACCAACAAAACAAACAACCGCAAAAACAAACAACAUCGAAUUUGGAACCUUAGUAGAACUUUUUGUAAUAAAGUGUUUUUUUUUUUACAUUUGUUCUGCAAAGUGGCCAAUUUCAGAGCUGGUAUGCUCUGGUUGAGCCAACCAACCGCAGCCAACCUCAGUUCCUUGGCUGCAGCUGUUCAGACAGAGACAGAGGGAAGUGAAGUGAAGGCCCUUUAUUCAGUCUCACACAUCUCAGUCUCCUGAUGAGAGCCACAUGAAACUGAGCCUCAUGUUUGACAUUCACGUCACAUGUGCCUUCCAAUCACAACCAUUAAUGAAUGUGUGCGCGAGAGAUUGAGAGUGAGAAAGAAAGAGUGUGCAGGUUCUAUGAAGGAAGUGUAUGUGCAUGCAUGUGUGCGUGCAUGCCCGUGUGUGCGUGUGAAAUUUGACGUUUGACUGAGACUGUGAUCGUGCAGCUGAUUUUGGAUAUGUGUUACUAACAAUGCUGUUGUUAUGUCAUUUAAAGUGUACUUUGUUUAUCUGAAGACCAGUCCACACACACACACACACACACACACACACACACACACACACACACACACACACACACACACACACACACACACACACACACACACACACACACACACACACACACACACACACACACACACACAGAAAAGUGCAUAGUGUUUGUGUUUUCUAUAAGUACUUUAUACUGAAUCUAUCUCAGAGCAUCCAACAUAAGAUCUCACUGUGAUAAUAUACAGUGUAUUUGGAAACUUUGGACGUUACAGCCUUAUUCUAAAAUGGAUUAAAUAAAAUAAAAAUCCAUCAAUCUACACACAAUCCUCCAUAAUGACAAAGCAAAACAGGUUUUCAGAUUUCUUGUUUGCAAAAAAAAGGAACCUUAUUUACAUAUGUAUUCAGACCCUUCGUUAUGAGACUUGAAAUUGAGCUCAGGUGCAUCCUGUGGUAAAUUCAAUUGAUUGGACAUGAUUUGGAAAGGCACACACCUGUAUAUAUAUGGUCCCACAGCCAUGAGGUCAAAGGAAUUGUCCGUAGAGCUCCAAGACAGAAUUGUGUUGAGGCACAGAUCUGGGGAAGGGUACCAAAAAAUGUCUGCAGCAUUGAAGGUUCUCAAGAACACAGUGGCCUCUUUCAUUCUUAAAUGGAAGAAGUUUGGAACUACCAAGACUCUUCCUAGAGCUGGCCGCCCGGCCAAACUGAGCAAUCGGGAGGUGGUCAGGGAGGGAGGUGACCAAGAACCCAAUGGUCAAUCUGACAGAGCUCCAGACUUACUCUGUGGAGAUGUGAGAACCUUCCAGAAGGACAACCAUCUCUGCAGUAAUCCACCAAUCAGGCCUUUAUGGUAGAGUGGCCAGAUGCAAGCCACUCCUCAGUAAAAGGCACAUGACAGCCCGCUUGGAGUUUGCAAAAAUACACAUAAAAAAGGACUCACAGACUAUGAGAAACAGGAUUCUCUGGUUUGAUGAAACCAAGAUUGAACUCUUUGGCCUGAAUGCUAACCUUCACGUCUGGAGGAAACCUGGCACCAUCCAUACUGUGAAACAUGGUGGUGGCAGUAUAGUGCUGUGGGGCUGUUUUCAGCUGCAGGGACUGGGAGUCUAGUCAGGAUUGAGUCAAAGAUUAACAGAGCAAAUUACAGAGACAUCCUUGAUGAUACAUCCGGCUCCAGAGCGCUCACUAUCUCAGACUGGUGUGAAAGUGCACCUUCCAACAGGACAACCUGAUUGAACAUCUCUGGAGACCUGAAAGUAGCUGACGCUCACCAUCCAACCUGACAGAGCUUGAGAGUAUCUUCAGAGAGGAAUGGGAGAAACUCCCCAAAUACAGGUGUGCCAAGCUUGUAGCUUCAUUCCCAAAAAGACUUGAUGCUGUAAUUGCUGCCAACAGUGCUUCAGCAAAGUACUGUGUAGAGGGUCUGAAUACUUAUGUAAAUGUGAAAUUGCAGUUUUUAUUCGUAAUACAUUUGCAAACAUUUCUAAAAAACUGCUUUUGCUUUGUCAUUAUGGGGUAUUGUGUGUAGAUAAGGGAAAAUAACAAUUUAAUCCAUUUUUAGAAUAAGGCUGUAAUGUAACAAAAUGUGUAAAUUGUCAAGGGGUCUGAGUACUUCCCAAAUGCACUGUAGCUGUAGUGUUUUCUCUCUAGAUCUCUGUGAUGUUUUUCAAAAAUCCAUGUAAUUUACGAUGCCUUUGAUAAUACCCUUCACUUACUCUGUGUAUACCAACUAGCUCUCACAGUCUCACAUCAGAAUUAGACUUUCAUCCAUGUUCUUCAAAUGUCAAAUUUUGAAGUUGUUCCAAACUUUACAUUUCUAAGUGCUAAAGGUUAGGUUUAGUCAUUAACUCCACAUGUUUAAGGUUAGGGUUAAGUUCAGGCAUUAACUCAGAAAUCUUAAGGUUAGGUAUUAACUCCUAAUGGUUAAGGUAAGCGUUAAGGUUUGGGAUAGGCUUAAAACAAAAAUCUCAAGAACGACUUUCUAUUGCUAGAUUCAAACACGCAACCUUAUGCACCAGAGGCAGAUGUGUACUCCCAGCCACCAUCUCCAUCUGAAACCAACUUGAAGGUAACAGCGCUCACUGUUUCCCCUAGUGGACGGUUUCCAUGUCAUCGCCCGAUGUUCUGACGUGUGCACAUGCGCGCUUGCGCCUGUGUUUGUUUUUGCGUGUUCUGAUGCGAUGGACUACCUUAAAGAAGUGAGUGUGUGUGGGUGUGCAUGAAUAUAAAUGAAGUAAGCUACAUUCUAGUCUCCCAUCCAGAAAUGGAUCAAGUAGACUUCUUUCUCUGUGUUGGGAGCAUAGUUGCUGGAUGAAAAGAUAGAAGAAAGACAUUGCUGUAUUUAAAAAAAGAAUGGGUUUUGUUCAUGUUUCUAAAAGUUCUGAUUACUCUUUAAACCAUGAUGUUUCUGACCAAAGAUGUGACGAUGAACCCUAUGAUCUGCUUUGAAAUCAUUCUUAAACAUAAUCAGGCAAUAUACUAUGUAAACGAACACAGCUCUGAUAUUUGGUUUCCUGACAUUGGAAAUCUAUAAAACAUCCUCAUCAAAAAAAGCAACUGAUGCAAUUGUCAUCUGUUUUUUUGUUUGUUUUAACAGUCUAACAAUCAUUGAAUUGAUUGUUAAUGUAUAUUUUUGCACUGAUAGGUUUCAUGUUAUUAAUUUUUUCAUUUGAAGGGAAAAUAAAAAAUGUCUAACAAA